AUGAGUGGAUGGAUGGACUCUCUUCGUCUGCACACACCCCAGAGCCUCAUGAGCACAUUGCGACGGACAGACUCAUCCGGUCGGCUGGUCAGUCAAUCUGUCAGUCGGUCAUUCAGCUCGUCGCACGCUCCUGCAGCCACUUGCAGACGCGAUAGCGCCUCUUCCGACCAUUUCAUCGCUCGGUGUUCACAUUCACUGUGA